UUUAAAAUAAUAAAAAGAAAGAAAGAUCGUGAAUAUAAAAGAUGAACGAUAAUAAGAAUUACGUGAUUAGAAAUGUGGCCAAAUUUUUUGCCGGUAGAAGUAUAUUUAUAACGGGUGGUACUGGUUUUAUUGGAAAAGUAUUGAUUGAAAAAUUAUUACGUUCCUGUCCGGAGAUUGAUAAAUUGUAUUUGUUGAUAAGAGACAAAAAAGGAGUAAAUAUUGAGGAAAGAUUAAAGAAAAUCUUUUCAUUACCGCUCUUCGAUAAACUCAAUGAAAUGAAUCCAUCGGCAUAUAAAAAAAUUGUUCCAAUAUUUGGCGACAUAACGAAAAAAAAUUUAGGAAUGAAUCCUAUCGAUAGACAAAUUAUCAUCGAUAAUGUUUCUAUUAUUAUUCACAAUGCUGCUAAUGUCAGAUUUGACGAUGAUUUGCAAAACGCAAUUUUCACUAACACUAGAUCUAUACAUGAAAUUUGUCUUUUGGGUGAAAGUAUGAAAAAAUUAGAAGUUUUGUUACACAUAAGUUCGACCUAUGCACAUUGUGAUAAACCUGUCGUACAUGAAAUUCCAUACAAACCAUCAGAUUUCAAUUGGAUGGAUGCUAUUAAAAUAGCAGAAAAUGUCGACGAUUAUUUAUUAAGAGUUUUAACAUCAAAAUUGAUAGGCAACAUGCCGAACACUUAUAUAUUUACCAAAAAAUUAGCCGAAGAUGUGAUCAAUUAUUAUUCCGAUCGAUUACCUUGCGUUAUUUGUAGACCAUCGAUAGUCAUUAAUACGAUAGAUGAUCCAAUUCCUGGAUGGAUAGAUAAUUUUAAUGGUCCAGUAGGUUUAAUGGUAGCUGGUGGCAAAGGAUUAUUAAAUGGAGCAUAUUUUAAUUCAGAUAAAGUAAUGGAUUAUAUUCCAGUAGAUUUGGCUGUAAAAGUAUUUAUACUUGCCAUUUAUACACGAGGACAAAAAACGGUAGAACAACAUCCAACAGCAAUGGUUUACAAUGAGUCAUCAUACAAAUUGAAGAAAAUCACUCUACAAUAUAUAAUCUCUAAAUCACUCGAAUAUAAUCAGAUCAAUCCAUUAUCAAAUCCUUUAUGGUAUCCAACUGUGAUCAUAUUUUCAAAUUUCUAUCUAUAUUACAUUUAUUUUAUCUUCCUCCAAUUAUUACCGGCCAUGGUGAUAGAUCAAAUAUUGAAACUGAUGGGACAUAAACCGAUAUUGGCCAAAAUACAAAGGAAAAUAUAUAUUAGCAGUGUUUUUCUGUCCUACUUCAUUGACCAUUCAUGGGACUUUGUAAAUGAAAAAGCUGUGCAAUUAUUAGAUUCAGUAGCUGCUGAGGAUAGAGUUGUAUUUGCAAGUAAAAGUAUUUAUGAAAUAUCUGAAGAUAACGCAUUAAAAUCUAGUAUACUAGGAAGUAAGAAAUAUCUUUUGAAAGAAGAAAUGAAUAUUGAAAAAAAUCAACGUGGAUUAAGAAGAAUGUGGUAUUUACAUAUAAUUACCAGAACUUUAUUCUACAUUUUUUGUUUGUGGCUCGUUUUACAUAUGUGGAAUUUAAUUUAA